AUCUCAAUGAUAACAGUCUAUCACGUGACUAAAAUUACAGGUAUGAAACAUACAUCCUUAUUUCUUAGUACUUAUAGUAGAAAAAAAUCUGUUCGACGUCAUAUAAAAUAAAGGAAUUUUUCUCAGUGGCAUUUUGUGUCAAGGCAGUAUGAUGAAUCUGUAUGUUUUCUUUAUUUUGAAAAGUGCAGUUGUCUUUGAUAUAGUUAAAUUUGUAAAUGGAUUUAAUUUGGUAAUACUCCAUACCAAUGAUAUACAUGCACAUUUGGAACAAAUGAACAAAUACACAUCUGCUUGCAAACAUGACGAUGUGGAGAAGGGACUUUGUUACGGUGGAAUAUCCAGAAGGGUUACGAAAGUCAGAGAAAUUAACAGUACAAAUGAUAAUGUUGUUUUAUUGGAUGCUGGGGACCAGUUCCAGGGAUCUCUAUGGUUUAAUAUUUUCAAAGGCAGGGAGGCUUCAUUAUUUAUGAAUGAGCUGAAGUACGAUGCAAUGACAUUUGGCAAUCACGAAUUCGACAAUGGUGUUGCUGGUCUGAUUCCGUUUUUGGAGAACCUUACGUUUCCCGUAACAACUUGUAACUUAGAUGCCUCACGUGAACCUCGAUUGCAAGGGAAAUUUCAGCAACAUGUCGUUUUGACCAAGAACGGACAAAAGAUUGGCAUUAUUGGGUAUAUUACAGAAGACACCUCUUCCAUUUCAAAUCCAGGUGAUACGGUUUCAUUCAAACCAGUAGUAGAGGCCGUCCGUAAAGAAGUUGCAGCGCUAAAAAGUAAAGGAGUAAAGAUCAUUAUUGGAGUGGGUCACUAUGGAUAUGGAAGAGACAAAAAGCUUGCUGCAGCAGUUGACGGACUUGAUAUACUCGUCGGAGGUCAUACACACAGUUUUCUCUAUACUGGUAAACAGCCUUCAAAUGAACAAUCAGAAGGACCAUAUCCCACCAUCAUCACUCAAAGUAAUGGUAGGAAAGUUCUCGUGGUUCAAACAUUCUGGGCGGGAAAAUACUUAGGAUUCCUGAACGUCACCUUUAACAGUGACGGAGAUGUAGACAGCUGGAAUGGUGAACCCAUACUUCUGGACAACUCUACUGCACAAGAUCCAGCCAUAGAACGAAUUCUUGAUACCAUGAAACCAGCAGUUGAAAAGGAAAAGAAUAAAAUUGUAGGUUACAGUGCAGUAUAUUUAGAAGGUGACAAUAAAGUUUGCAGGCUUCAUGAAUGUAAUUUAGGAAAUUUAAUCACGGAUGGCAUGGUCAGUUUCCAUGCAUCUAGAUAUUCACAAAACGAUACCUGGACAGACAAACCUAUUGCUAUCUUAAAUUCUGGAGGAAUUAGGAGCCCUAUAGCAAAAGGAAAUAUAUCUAAAGGCGAUGUUUUAACAACAAUGCCUUUCGGAAACAUGGUAGAUGUUAUAACAAUAAAAGGAAAGUACUUAAGAGCUGCAUUUGAACAUUCUGUAGAAUUUUAUGAUCCUAUAGACAGAUCAGGUGCUUUUCUCCAAGUCUCAGGUAUACAUGUUACAUAUAAUUUAUGCAACGAACCUGGAUCCAGAGUUGUAUCGAUUUCGACAAGAUGUGGUGACUGCUGGAUUCCUAGAUAUCAGCUUCUUGACGACGAAAAGAUUUACAGAGUGAUUGCGCUGAAUUUUGUUAUAAAAGGUGGAGAUGGUUAUACCGUUUUAAAGAAUAAUCUUAUUCAUCAUACAGAAUAUAAUUCCUUGGACAGUAAUGUAUUUAUUAAAUAUUUAAAAUCAAACAGACCAAUUACCAAAGGUGUAGAAGGAAGAAUAACGAUACAAAAUGACUGUAUAAACUCUUCGUGUACCAUAAGCCUAAGUCUAUUAUUAAUGGUAUUUGCGUCACUGAUGAACAUGAUAGUAAAAUGGUCAUGAUGAUAUGAUCACCACUAGUUUUCAUUUUUACAUCUUUAUCCAUUUGAAAAAAACACCUUUAUGAAUUUGCUAAUGUUACAAUGUAUAUUUGUAUGAUUUUG